AAACCCCACCCUUCUUCUCACAAACCACACAACACAUCUCUCAUAAAUUUUAAUUUUGAUAUUUUCUUUAUUUUGUUUUUAUGAUUAAACUCUGCUAGCAUGGCAACUGGAAGCAGAGACAUCGAUCGGAUCAAGGGCCCAUGGAGCCCGGAGGAGGACGAGGCGCUGCAGAGGCUCGUGCAGGCUCUUGGGCCGAGAAACUGGACGAUGAUAAGCAAGUCUAUUCCCGGUCGAUCCGGCAAAUCGUGCCGGCUACGCUGGUGCAACCAGCUCUCGCCGGAAGUAGAGCAUCGCACUUUUACGCCGGAAGAGGACGAUGCUAUUAUCAGGGCACACAGUAGGUUCGGUAAUAAGUGGGCCACCAUAGCACGUCUACUCAAUGGCCGCACCGAUAACGCCGUCAAAAAUCACUGGAACUCCACUCUCAAGAGAAAAUGUUCCGCCCUUGGUCUCGAUGCAACGGAUCGUCCUCCCCUAAAAAGAUCUGCCAGUGUCAGCGCGGGUUAUUUAAACCCGAGCAGUCCAUCUGGGUCCGAUUUAAGCGAUCCGGGCAAGCCGGCUCUGUCGACUCCUUCUGCAUCGGCCUUCUGCAGGCCCAAUCUCAUGGAAACCGCUUCUUCACUCUCCGAUCCAGCCACGUCACUGAGUUUAUGUCUUCCUGGGUUAAACUCGGAGCCUAUACAGAGGAGUUUAUAUCUUCCUGGGUUAAGCUCGGAGCCUGAACAGCGGCCACCAUCCCCGGCACAGCCUUCUCCACCUCCUCCUCCUUCAGCGGUGUCCACGGUGGAAGAGCGUAGAAAGCAAUUGUUCAAUCCGGAGUUUUUGAGGGUGAUGCAAGAAAUGAUAAGGAAGGAAGUGAGGAAUUACAUGUCAGGGAUGGAGGUGAAGAAUGGUUUGAGAAUACAAACGGAAGUCAUUGGAAAAGCGGUGGUGAAGCGCAUGGGAAUCAGCAACAUCAAGUGAAGGAAAGGAAAGAAACUGUGUCGUUUGAAUUAUCAGAACAGGCCAGAGGACAUGAACUGUGAAUCACAGGGUAGAGAAAAGUGAGUGAAAAAGAGAAUUUUAUUUUAUUUUGUAGUUGAAGUAAAUUCUAGUUUCCCUUUGCUUAAGGGUAAAAAUUAGUAAUAAUUUCGGCACUGUACAGAACUUAAAAAGAAAAAAUAAAAUGAAAGAGUGCUUUUCUGAUAAAAUAUUUUUGGUUAUUUUUGAUGAGAUGAUAAUAGUGAGAAUGGUUUUGUGUGUGUGUGGUUGAAUAGUGAUGAAGAGAAUGAAAGAGAAACCUUAAAAAAAAUGUGGGAGAGUUGGUGAUGGAGGAGGACAGAAAGGACAGAACCGUUUUUGUCUGUGUUCUUCAAAUUGAAGGAAGAUCAGAAGGGUGGGAUGUAUGAUUGACAGAAGUGGGUCCGGUUGGAAUAUUUUGUUUUGCGGUGGAAACUUGUUGGGCAAGUGAUUGAGUGAUGCCAACCAAAUUGAGGCAUGUGAAAAACACCGCACAUUCACUCCUCAAUUUCAACUCCACACUCAUCAUC